AGCAGCAGCAGCAGCAACAGCAGCAGCAGCAGCAACAGCAGCAGCAACAACAAACACAACGACAUUAGAAACGUGCCCGUCGUCGAACUUCUUCCUGCUACUGUCGACACGUUCGGAUCGUGGUCGUUAUCGUCGUGGUGGUGGCUGCUUGUCGAAGCGACGCCCGGAAGCGGUGUCGUCGCCGUCGGUGCUGCUGUUGCUGUUGUUGCCCCAGACCGGUGUCCUGGAUCUCUCGCUCAGGGGCUCCUGUCAUGCACAAUGGUGAUGGCCCACCCUAUUGGGCCUCCCCAGUCGCAGGCGGCGCCCGCUGUUCACCACCCGCUGUCGGGGCCUUCGGACCGCGAGCGGGGAGGAGACCGGGACAGGGAUCGGGCUGGGCCUUCGGGCCAGGCCGUCAUACGCCACGGCAGCUCGUGGUUUCAACGGAAGAUCAACCUGCGGCCGCAGCACCGCGGCGGGCAUCUUAUCACUGACGAGAUACUCAAGCAAGUUCCCGAAAUACAGCAGUUCGCUGUCGGCCUGCUGCAUAUACAAAUAAUGCACACUUCGGCUAGUCUGGCGCUCAACGAGAACUGGGAUCCCGAUGUUCGAGACGACGUCGAGAAUUUCAUGAAUAAGCUCGUCCCGGAAAAUCUACCCUAUCAGCAUUCCUGUGAAGGCCCCGAGGACAUGCCGGCGCACAUCAAGUCGCUGCUGUUUGGUUCAUCGUUGUCUAUCCCGAUCACCGAUGGUCGACUUAACCUCGGCCAGUGGCAGGGUGUAUGGCUCUGUGAACAUAGAAAUAGAGCAGGAUCUAGAAAAUUAGUCAUUACUAUAAAUGGUUCACUGAAAGAUACUUAAUCAUCCGUUUAUUAGCGUAAAAAUGAAGCCACUUAGCAUUGAGCGAAUGCAGGCGCCGCGCGUAUGAUCAUGGUUGUGAAUAGAGCGGAGCUCAGGUGGCGUUGUCGAGGACGGACGCGUCAAACGAUUGCCUCUGCGACGAUCUGGCUCUAACUAGAACUCGUGUUGUACGGUCUCUCAAGUGAUCGACGCCUAUCUUUCAACCGAAAUGCAGUUGCUGAAAAGAGAAGAGCUUUGUGGACGUCAUAUAACACAUCGGAGAGUGUCAACCCGGAACUUCGGAUGUCGGAACCGCACUACUGGCUAUUGAGUACGAAAAACAACAGGAAAAACCUGUCUCCCUACGCGCUGACAACGACGAUGGUACGGACGAUUCAAACGUAUCGUUCACACACGUACGGAUCGGCUUGCAUUAGCCGGCCAAUAGUCAUACUCGAUUUCUGGCGGACGGCUUCCAGCGAAAAGCCCGGAGAGAAGAAGAUGACAGAUCUACAUGACAAAAAAAAAAAGCCAGUCACCCUAUUUUGGUGACUAUUCCACUCGCGCGUCUAUUUUUCACGAUGCUAAUAUGGCACCAUUGUAGGUAGGGAUUUUUUAAGCUGUGCAAUUCAAAUAACAAAUAAUGAUAAAACGAUGACCGCCACAUCAGAAACAACAAAAAUAAGGAAAAAGCAUAACAUGCACAAGAACAAUGACAAGUAAUAAUAAUGAAACAACAUAACGAAGACGUUGAAUAAUGAGAGCGGAACAUAUAGGACAAACUAUAUUUUUGUUCAAGCCUCAUCCUUGAACGACAGAUUUACGUCUGGCGGCCACAAGCUUAAACGAAUUUUAGCGGGUUAGCUGAGAUGAGGCUUGGGCAUGUGGCGGAACGCCUUUUGGCAUUUGGAACUGGGCAGUCGAAAAUAACUCAGCCGUGGCAGAAGUGUUUGUGUUUUGAGAUCGGCGGUGGGGGAUGAGGUGCGAAUACCAAAGCGACAGCACCUGCCUAGUGCAUGAGUGGUAUUUAUAGCCAUCGAUCCGCUCUCAGUGAUCGAUAAGAAUAAAAAUAAUUAUUAUAGUAAUAAUAAAUGCUCUUCAGUGACUGCGAAUGAAAAGGUCGUUUCGUCUAACGGACCGACGGCAGAUCGUCCCAGCGAUCUGUCCCUUCGACGCCUCGAGACGCUGAGGCACUCGGCCUAACGGUGGUCGGCAUAACUGGGACAAGACGCCUCUGUCUAAAGGAUGUCUAUGCAAGUGGGUGGCAGUCGUCGGUUCCUUAAAACUCUUCAGUCCCGGAGUGAGGAGACGCCAGCGAAUGUCUUAUGUUGGAGAAUGAGACGAUGAUAAUAACAAUGCUAAUGUAGAACAACGAUGUUAUGGGUUCGGAUACAGCGUUAGCUUUGCAUGUUACGUGGGAGAGUUACGUUUACGGAAUAAAAAAAAAGCGGCCGCCUCCGUCGCCAAUCCAUGGUUCGAACAGAAAUACUCGCACAUGCAGAUUAUGUCUCGUUACACGCUUGUGAUCAUACGGCGGUAGCGUGUUUGCUAUUUGCAUAGUUGGUUAGAGAAGGAAAGGCCACAGCCACAUAUGAUAUGUAUGACGCUAGCAAAAAACAAGCUCAGAUGGUUGCCUUGGAGACGAUGGUUAGUGGACAUUAAUGAUUACCAUGGCAACCGUUUUGGCUACGAUUAUAUUUUCAAUCACUCCGAGGUUGUGCUGGCUGGCCAAAUGGUGGGAUCAGCGCACAAAUGUUUUUUAUGUGAUCGUGUAUACUAUUGUUGCAAUAUUACCAUAAGCAUGUCGUUUUCGAAAAUGAUGUCGGUGAGAACGCGCCGAUUAUAGCCUGAGGGUCAUUAAUGGUUCCGAAUGCUGCCCAGCCUGAAUUGAUAUACGAACGCUGAUGACUAAAUGCUGACAAACUGCUUAUUACCGAAUAGUAUGAUAAUGCUGAUAAUAGCAGAGUAAGAUUAUUCUAUCUGGUGGCGACCCCGGAUGCCAUCGUUGUUGCCAUGGUGACGCCGGCGGGGGCGGUUGUAAUAUUCACCCGCCAUCUUGUCACUUGUUGCUAAAGUUGUUCUUUCUUUUUCUUUUCAAAAGCUUCUACUGCUCAUGCGUACGAGGAAAGGAAAGGCUGGGCGAGAGAAUGGAUACUGGUCGAGAAAAGUUUCGAACGAAUUCUCGUGCGUUUUGG